AUGUCACCUUAUAGGGUUGUUUUUGGGAAGGCAUGUCACCUUCCCGUUGAGCUUGAGCAUAGGCCAUUCUGGGUUGUUAAGCAAUGCAAUUUGGAUUAUAGUUUGGCAGGUGAAGAGCGCAAGUUAAAGCUGCAAGAAUUGGAGGAGUUGCGCCUAGAGGCAUAUGACAAUUCGGUCAUCUACAAAGGUAAGUCGAAGGCAUUUCGUGACUCAAAGCUGAUUUGCAAAGAAUUGAAGGUAGGGGAAAAGGUGUUGUUAUUUAAUUCUAAACUUAAACUGUUUCCUGCUAAAUUAAAAUCGAGAUGGCUUGGACCGUUUAUAAUAACAGAGGUGCAUCAUCAUGGGGCAAUCGAAAUUCGGAGCCUCGAUACUAAUAAAGUUUUCAAAGUAAAUGGUCACAGGUUGAAACAUUUUUAUGAAGGGGAGCAAGCCGCUUGGAUGGAGGAGAUCAAUCUUGAGGAUCCAUGA